CCACUCACUAAACAGAAAGAAAGCAUUCAAUUCAACAUGGAUUCUUCAUUCUUUCGUCACCCGUUUUCCGAAUUCUCCUCCCAGUCUUCUUCGUUUGCCUCGCUGGAAUCUUUGUCGUGGAAUUCCAUGUACAAUUUCGAACACCAAUCCCUUCCUUUCAAUGAAAAUGACUCCCAAGAAAUGCUUCUAUACGGUGUCUUAGCUGCUACUAACGACUCAUCCGAAAUCACAUCCUCCGUUCAUGUCAAAGAUCACGAGGAGGUGAAUUCAAGAGCCAGUAUUGAAGAGGAGCCUGUGAAGGAAGAAGUAUCCUUCCGAGGGGUUCGACGGCGGCCUUGGGGAAAAUAUGCAGCGGAGAUAAGGGAUUCUUCAAGGCGUGGUGUUAGGGUUUGGCUAGGAACUUUUGACACGGCCGAGGCCGCGGCUUUGGCCUACGAUCAAGCUGCAUUUGCACUGAGGGGUUCGUUGGCUGUUCUCAAUUUCCCGGCCGAGAAAGUUCAUGAGUCACUUCACCAGAUGAAGUAUGGUUAUGAGGAGGGGUGCUCGCCGGUUUUGGAAUUGAAAAAUAGGUACUCCAUGAAGAGGAAGUCAAAGUGUAAGAAGAAGAAAGAGGGGAAGAGGGUGGAAAAUAUGGUGGUGUUUGAGGAUUUGGGGGCAGACUAUUUGGAGGAACUUUUGAGUAUAUCUGAGAGUGCUAGUCCUUGUACUUGCUGAAUGAUCAGCACUGUCCCCAGCAUGCAUCUUCUCUUUUCUGUAUUUUUCAUUCUGGUAUUUGAGAGGCAGGGGGGAAAUGAGAUUAAAUUACUA